UUGCAAAACAAGCAUAUAAUUCUUUCUUCUCUGACACCACCAUAAGAAAAUGAGUCACAGAAAUCUAUGUUUGAGUUGUUGGGCGUGCUUGUGGCUCUUCUGAAUUUUGAUCUGCGUUGCGACUGAAAGCAAGUUGUUGUAGUGAACAACAAAGUUUCUGGUUGUGCUGGAGAGUUGGCAGACUGGCCGGAGUGCCAGCCAGCUGUGGUGGAGGAGGUGGGUGUCUGGGUGGGAGCAGCUGUUUGUUCUGGCACCUAGAGCCACAUCAGGUUCAAAUCUACACCGGAAACCCUUUCAAGAGGAACAUUUGACCUUCGGGUCGGUUUUCAUAUUACUAAAUGCAAAACAAUUGAUCAAGAAGUCUUCGACUUUUGCUGCUAUCUUUGAAUUGAUAAAGUUUUUAAAAUAAGCAUAAAACUAGAUCUUCACACAACUUCUCAUUCAAGGGCCACAGGAGGUGUAAACCUCCAAAUGAUUGCCUUUUACGUGUUUUUGUCUUUGUGACUAAAGCUGAACCAAAAUGCAACAAUGGCUUAGAUCUGAGCAAACACACAUGAAUUAAAGCAACACAGCUCUGCUUGAGUCGAACCGAAGGAAUGUCUUUAAUAAUUCUUUGAAAUCUGUUAGCAGCUUUUAACACGGAUAGAUGAAUUAUAUACAGCAAGAGUAAAGAAGUUUGAUCUCCUUUUUUUUGUGUAAAUCUCAGAACAUCAAAGGACAUGUUGCUGGUUGACCUGAGCUGAUGAAGGGUGAAAAAUCAUGUUAAAGAAGUCAGAAUAAAGUCGGAGGAACCAAGAACUAACCCUCCAAAAAACAUCAACAAAUGUUCAAAGCAGCCUCAGAACAUAUAGAGUGUCAGCAGAGUGAGGUAAAUACUGGAGUUUUAAAAAUAGCAUAAGCAUAAAUUAUCACUACAUUUAGCUCAUUACCUUAUAGCAGUGGGCUUACUACUGCCAAAUAAUACAAAUAUCUUUAUUUCAAUAACUAAAAGUACAACAAAAUCUCAUCUUUAAGAGCCUACCUCCAAACAGCAGCUGCCCCACUAGAUGGCUCUCCAACAGCUUCCAAAUGUGCUACACUAGAAUUUUUCCAAGCUCCUGUAAACUAUUCUUCACGUAUACAUGAUUUCCUCGUUACAGCCUAACGGUCCCAAGAGGUGGCGCUUUUAGACCAGCUGACGUCUUUUAGAAUCAAACAAAAGACUUUGGGUGUGCUUCUGUGUGUGGAUUUUUUUCAGACUGUGCAUGUUGAAUACCUAUUUAAAAUAGGAAAGGCAAGUUUAUUUACACAGCAGCAGUCAUACAAAAGUAAUUCAAAGUGUUUCACGGGAAAAUAAACAGACAAAAAUAAAAAUGCUUACAUGAACACAAGCAAUGCUUCGAAACAAUGAUUAAAUUUAAGGAUGACAUGAUCUUUACCAUUUCAUUUACUUAUAUUGUGACUCACCAGCAGCUCAGAAACAAAUUCAGACCAAAUUCAGCCAAGUCAGUCAAAUAUAACUUUUAUAUUCCUGUCACUUCGUACGACUUAUCCAAGUUAUUAAAUGUGUUCUCACAGUCAAGAAAUGAUGCUACUGUUUUCCCCAAACAAAUCCAAAGACAAGGACGUUUUGUCAUUUGUAAUGUAUUGCUAUAAUUUUUUUCUUAUCACAUCUUUUAAAGAUGUAGUGUUUUGUUAAUGUAUCUGCAAGAAAUCGGAGAGUUUUAUAAACAAGUGCCAACAUUAUGUGGGACUGCAUGUUACAGACCAUGAAAGAGUUACAGACUAUCUCAGAGAUAAGAGGAGCAAAUUAUGAAAUUAUUUUCUGUAAAAAAAAAAAAUCUCUGAAUUUGUGAAAGAAUUGAUUUGUCCUGUUUUAGCUGAAGAGUCAUUCACUGACAUUAUUGUGAAAGUAGAACAGUGGUGUCAACACCACACAAGCCGCACAAACACCGUUAUCCUGAGACCACCCACUCUAGUAGUGGGUGCACUUGUGCAGUAUUGUGUGUGUUGUGUUGCGUGUGUGUGUGUUUUCUACUUAAAUACCCCUGUGAUAAACGGGACGGGCCGGACAAAGAAAAGCAGGAGUUGAAUGUUCUAGCUCAUUCUUCUCUACAUCACUUUUUCCUUCUGCUCCUGUAGCAUCAACACAUUAAGGUUCAUUAAAAUAGCCAUGAUGCCUGAGAAAAUGCCAGAGAGAAAAUCUAAAAUCUCAGCCUCUAGGAAGCUCAUGCUAAAGAGCUUGAUGGUUGCAAAAGCGAAGGAGGAGCUGGAGCAGGAGAUGGAAGAAAAGGAGGAGCAAAAGGCAAAAUACCUGGAAGAGAAAGUUCCUCCAGCACCAGUCACUGGUUUGUCACUGGAGGAGCUAAAGGCAUUAUGUGAAGAGCUGCAUUCAAAAAUAGAUGUAGUGGAUGAAGAACGGUAUGAUAUUGAAGCCAAGGUCUUGCACAACAACAGAGAGAUUAAAGAUCUGAACAUCAAAGUGCUGGACUUGAGAGGGAAGUUCAAAAGGCCCAAUCUGAGACGGGUCCGGGUCUCCGCUGAUGCCAUUCUGCGCUCCCUACUGGGCUCCAAGCACAAGGUGUCCAUGGACCUGAGAGCCAACCUCAAAUCUGUAAAGAAGGAGGACACAGAAAAGGAGAAGACAGUGGAAGUGAGUGACUGGAGGAAGAACGUGGAAGCCAUGUCAGGAAUGGAGGGGCGCAAGAAGAUGUUUGAUGCAGCCAAAGGCCAGAUCCAGUAAAACAGUGCAUAGCAGCAGAAGAAAACAUCAGCUUUCGUCUUCUGAAGCAACAUCACUGUCAGUUCACAGAGUGUUGAAUGUAGCAAAACAAA